AUGGGCAUCGAGGUGGUAUUCCUGUGUGUAGUACCAGACCUCGGCCGAGGACACGGAAUACCUGCACUACAACGCCACUCGCCGCGACGAGACAGUCCCGCAGCGUUCAUACCCGAGGGCGGCAAUCCUGAUGAUCACCUCAUCCCUGCGGAUGCCGAGAUUGCUAACCUGACGCCUCCGAAGUCGCUCGAAGAUCGUGUCGGCCGCCUCCACCUUGUAACCGCAGCUAUGUUGGUCUUUGAGCAGUACAAGGUGAUGCUUGCACUGGCGGAUUUUCCUGAUCUGUGGAGGGAAUAUCGGAUAAAGAAGGCACAGAGGCGCGUAUUUACCAUCAAGUUGCCCUGCCACUCUGUGUUCACACUGAUAUUCCACAGCAUGCGCGUGUACGUACAUACGGAGUUUGCCCGCCUCCUUCCCCAGAGCAUGGCACGUCUUGCCGGUCAGAGGAGGCCUCAUGCACCCCCUGCUACUCCCGGCUCUCCCCGCCCUAUAUCUAGGGAGGAUAUCAACUGCUAUCUGAACAACCCCAGCUCCCUGGUCGGUAGGCGAUUCGUGCAGAGCUCCCAAGGUGAUGCCGAAGAUGAAGAGGAAUUCGGCACGUGGUAUGUGGCAUCGUAUACGGUGCGGGUGGCUGAGCAUGGCACGGGUAUCCAGAACGAGUACUACGACGCGCUCGGUGGAGCUCCGAUUAAAGAGCUUCGUCGCCUGUUGGAGCACUCUGUGGUUGCAGUGUAG